AUGGACUGGUUAACCCAAUACGAGACUUACAUCAGGAAGCGGUUGGAACUGGCUCAAGACCGAGUGACUCUGGCUCAGGAACUUGUAGUUGCUCUCAAUCACGAGUUGCGCGAUAUUCUCCGGGCACAAAACCUACAAGGAGCCCAGUCUCAUACCGAGGAAGAGAUUGAGCAGUACAGCCUAGCGGUAGAACGUCCCGACUUUUUCCCUAGCAAGGCUUAUCUCCUGAUAGACCCCAUCGACUGUCAAGUCAUAACCUCGACACUGGACCCCAGAUUCGAUCAAGUCAGAGGAUCUCCCGUGGGCGUUAGAGGCUUCUAUGAGACCUUUCUCCGCACAGUGUUUUUAUCUCCAUGGCAAUAUCCCAUCCGGUAUUUCACUCUUCGUCACCCGAAAGCUGCCACCUGUCCGAUAAAGCUGCAGUGUGAGAACUGGCUGCUAGUAGAGGAGAACAUAUUGCAAACUAGAGGGAGAUGGGACAUCGAUAUUCGAUAUACCGCUAUACGUGCUGAUUUUGUCGCUGGCGGAUACAGUGGUGUCAACAUGUUCGAUGACAAAGUUGAGUCGGAUAGGAUCAGCACUUUAACUUGUCGGAUCUUUAAUUAUUUGCAGCUAGGCUUUAGUGCCGUUGAGCAAAGAGGGUAUCAAGUGCUUGACUGGCAUAUGUAUGAGCCUGACAACGCGGGAUAUGGCGGGGACGAGAUUAAUCGACUAAAAUUGAUGGACCAGUUUGGUCCACGAAUUUUCGAGAAUCUGGAACAAGCAUAUACAUAA